CUAGUUUAUUAUAUAAUCCAAAAAAACAAGCUCGCAUUUUUCUCUCUCUCGGACGGGAAAAAAAACUCACCGUCUCUCUCCAACAUGUAUUGGCUCCAUUAUAAGCGUGUUGAAUCCUUGUGAAAUCCUUCACUCUAUUUUUUUCUUUUGAAAUUUUCAUAACAUAGUUGAUUCUUGAGUCCAGUUGAUGUAAUUUCUCUAAUAUGACAUCACAAAGCUACAUUCCCAUUGAGCACGAAGCCAAUGAAGAUCAUGGGAUAAGUGUGCUUAACCAAAAGGAUCACGAGAAGUCAGCUGAAAUAAUUGAAGAAGUUUCCCCUGUUCACAACUUGAAAAGGCCUAGACUCUCUGUAGAGAUACCAUCGAAAGAUUCGGGGAGUCCAUCUAUGACCAUAAAUAUGCCUACAACACCUAGUUCUGAUUCAACAAAUGUAGAUUUAUGCAGGACAUCCACACCUACUUCAGCUAAAGGCAAGCCAUCAAUAAAAAAUCUCCUUGCAAGACUCAGCUUUAAGUCUCGUAGUUCAACAGCUGAAAGUGAGGCUUCAGGGAGUCAUAACAGAAAGCCUUCAACAUCGAGGUCUUUAUCCUUUACUAGAUUAUUCAUGCCAACAGUUAGCAGAACAUCAUCUUCACCAGUUAAUCCCGUGACACUUCUGAAGAACAAUUCAUUACCAGGAGUUAGCACAGUGGACCAGCCAACUUCAGUGAAAAAAGGAGUUCAAAAGCACAUAUCACGUUCGCUAUCUGUACCCGUGAACACUAAAUCAAGAAGUAUCAAGAGAGCGGAGUCCUUGGGAAGUGGAUUUCGUGUUUUUCCUUCAACUCCACGAGCAACCAACAUAAAUCUCUCCGUGUCAGAUUCCAUCAAUGACCAAGAUAGUGAGAUUGAUGGUGAUGGUGAGGAUAUACCUGAAGAUGAGGCUGUCUGCCGAAUUUGUAUGAUUGAAUUGAGAGAAGGUGGUGAUACAAUAAAAUUAGAAUGCAACUGCAAAGGUGAACUUGCCCUUGCUCAUGAAGAAUGUGUCGUGAAGUGGUUUAGCAUCAGGGGUAACAAAACGUGUGAAGUUUGCAAGCAAGAGGUUCAAAAUUUACCAGUUACUUUGUUACGUAUACAGUUUGUUACUGCAGCUGGUACUGGAAAUGAUUCACGUCAAACAACAAGAGAUCCACUCAGGCUGUGGUUAGAUAUGCCUGUUCUUGUCAUCGUCAGCAUGCUCUCCUACUUCUGCUUCCUUGAACAGCUUUUGCAGGUUUUCAACAAUGGCUCUGCUGCGUUAGCUAUAUCUUUGCCCUUUUCUUGCAUUUUAGGCUUUCUCGCAUCCAUGACAUCUUCAGCAAUGGUGAUUCGGAAGUACAGUUGGGCCUAUGCGUCAAUUCAGUUCGUUCUGGUGGUUCUUUCUGCUCAUCUUUUCUACUCAGUUGCUCAUAUGCAAGCCAUAAUGUCAAUCAUCCUUUCUGCAUUUUCUGGGUUUGGCAUCACCAUGAGCGGGAGUUCUGUAAUCGUUGAGUUCUUGAGAUGGAGGAGAAGGCGGAGAGUUAUUCGCCGCAGUUCAGUAGAUUUGCCUUCAUUAAACAAUCCUUCAGCAUCAACUGCCUCAAACAUCCAUGAAUCUAAUAGUAUUGUCUAUAAUUAGGCAUAGUCAAUAUAAUGAUGCAUUGAAAGUAUAUUUCUUUGGUCAGCCACCGUGUAUUAUCAAUGUAACUACUGUAGCAAAGGCUGUAUAUCAGAGUGUCAUAAUGAUAAAAAUAGAAAAUUCUGACCUGACCAUAUGUUAGAGAGAUGAAUAUAACUUGCUGAAGCCAUUUUGAGAAUGGUAUUUUUGAAAUAAUACUGGUUAUCAAUAGUCUGCAUAUUUUCAAGAGCU